AUGGCAGCAGGGAAGAUGUGCGCCAGGAAGACCAAGGAGGAAACGGCAGAGUGGACAGGGUUGUUCCUGAACGACCUGAAGACCAGGCAGGAGUCCCUGGUGUUUGUCAAGAGGAUGAUGGCCGUGGCCGUCUCCUCCAUCACUUACCUCAGAGGGAUCUUCCCCGAGGACGCCUACAGAUCCAGAUAUCUGGAAGAUCUGUGUGUCAAGGUUCUACGUGAAGACUGCAGCAGGCCUGGUGCCAGCAAAGUUGUGAAAUGGAUGAUGGGCUGCUUUGAUGCCAUAGAGAAGCAGUAUCUCCAGAUUGUGUUCAUUGGGGUGUACACCAAUCCAGAUGAACCCAAUUGCAUUAUUGAAUCUUACCAGUUUAAAUUCAAAUACACUGAGAAGGGACCAGAGAUGGACAUACUCAGGAACAAUGACGUGAAAAUUCAGGUGACGCUGGAGGACACCAAGAGAGCAUCAGUUCUGCUCAUCAGGAAGCUGUUCCUGCUCAUGCAGAACCUGGACGCCCUUCCCAGUAACGUCUACCUCACCAUGAAGCUCUACUACUAUGACGAUAUCACUCCUGCUGAAUACCAGCCACCGGGCUUCAAGGAGGGUGAAUGUGACAGUCUGUGGUUUGAAGGCAUGGCUGUGCAAUUCAAGGUGGGCGAGGUGCAGACGGCCUUCCACAGCUUGAGAGUCCGCGUGUCGGCCGAACAAGGCCGCAUGGAGAAGCUUCAGGAAGUGAAUCAGCUGAGGGAGACCAAGAAGGUUCCCCAGAGAAAUCCCUCAAAGAGGGGAAUGAUCAAGGUUCCACCAACGAAAGUAUACAAUGAAGACGAUCUACCCUCUGAAGACGAGUCUGCACAGUUCAAGAAACCCACCAGACCUGUGGCCAAGAGACAAGCAGCUGCCAAAAAUCCGGCGAGGAAGAAAAGAAGAACUUAGUCAAGAAGACAAGAGAGAAAGUCCAACAUAUGUAUGGAAAAUGUCUUUAUUAUAUUGUUAUUUACAGACGGAGUUCACGUCGCAAU